AUGACCGGAAAAUUCGAGCCCAAAGUCCCCGUCAACCUGGAUCCUCCCAAGGACGAUCCCAUCUCUCCGGAUGAGCUGGCCAAGGCAAACGGCAUCGACGGCGGCAGGUGCUACGUGGCAAUCAAGGGCAAGGUCUACGAUGUGACUGGCAACAAGGCAUACCAGCCCGGUGGCUCAUACCAUAUCUUUGCUGGAAAAGACGCGUCCAGAGCGCUGGGAAAGACCUCCACCAAGCCCGAGGACGUCCAGGCCGACUGGCACGAUCUCGAGGACAAGGAGAAGAGCACCCUCGACGACUGGGUCACCUUCUUCUCAAAGCGCUACAACAUCGUGGGAGUGGUCGAGGGGGCAACCAACAUGGAAUGA